CGGACAUUUUCGGAUUAUCCAUAACGAGGCUGGGAAAUUUUCGUCGGAGAGGCUGAAUUUUCACUUUCAAUUUUCUAUCUAUUGAUAAAUAUACGGAUCUAUAUUGUUCAAACGAAAUGAAAUAGCAUUGACUUACCUGGUUAGCUGAUUAUUUGUCCAGAACUGGACUGUUUGAGGAUCUGGUUGUCCUUUCCUGGUCAGCAGUGAUCUAUCAUGGCGGAGUUUGAUCCGGAGACGUUGCUGGAAUGGCUCCAGAUGAGUACGGGAGAGGAACGGGAAAUGCAGUUGAUUGCACUGGAACAAUUAUGUAUGCUCCUGCUCAUGUCUGACAAUGUAGACAGAGUGUUUGAAAGCUGUCCUCCAAGAACAUUCCUUCCAGCUCUGUGUCGCAUAUUUCUUGAUGACAGUGCUCCUGACAAUGUGCUGGAGGUGACUGCACGUGCAAUCACAUAUUAUCUAGAUGUGUCGGCUGAAUGCACGAGGCGUAUUGUGGCUGUGGAGGGGGCUGUGAAGGCUCUGUGUAACAGACUGGUCCUUGUUGAAAUGUCAUCCAGGACUAGCAAAGACCUUGCUGAACAGUGUAUUAAGGUGUUGGAGUUGGUGUGUACCAGGGAAUCAGGAGCUGUGUUUGAAUCUGGGGGUCUGAACUGUGUGCUUACAUUUAUUUGUGAACAUGGUUCUCAAGUUCAUAAAGACACAUUACAUUCAUGUAUGUCAGUUGUGUCAAGACUGUGUGGUAAGAUGGAGCCAAAAGAUAGCUCCUUACAGGGUUGUGUCAUCUCUCUGUCGGCCUUGCUCAACCAUGAUGAUACUUUUGUUAGUGAUGGGUCAUUGAGAUGUUUUGCCUCCUUGGCAGACAGAUUUACAAGAAAAGGGGAAGAUCCUGCCCCACUAGCAACACAUGGGCUCAUUGAAGUAUUAUUGCAACGUUUACAACAAGCAGGAGAGCCAGGUCCGAAUACAUCCUUAUCAAGUACGCCAGGAAAGGUAAGUGUGACACCAGAAGUGAAGUCUAGCCCAAGUAUAUCUACUGUGAUAAGUCUGUUACUGACGUUGUGCCGAGGUUCACCAACAAUCACCCAUGAUCUGCUGAGAUCAGAACUGCCACAAGCAAUAGAAUGUGGGCUGAAAGGAGAUGAGAGGUGCUGUUUAGAUACAAUGAGGCUGGUAGAUCUAUUACUGGUGCUGUUGUUUGAAGGCCGCAGUGCCCUGCCCAAAGUUGGGGUGUCCUCUGUGUCCGGACGACUUCCAGGUCUCCGCAGGAUGGACAGUUUAGGAGAACGGUCACAUCGACAACUGAUUGACUGUAUACGUAGUAAAGACACAGAUGCUCUCAUAGAUGCAGUUGAUAAUGGAUUUGAAGUGAAUUUCAUGGAUGAUGUGGGACAGACCUUGCUAAAUUGGGCAUCUGCCUUUGGAACACAGGAAAUGGUGGAGUUCCUGUGUGAGAGAGGUGCUGAUGUGAACAGAGGCUUGCGUUCUUCCUCGCUACACUACGCUGCAUGCUUUGGGCGGCCUCAGAUUGUGAAAACUUUACUGAGAUAUGGAGCCAACCCUGACCUCCGAGAUGAAGAUGGGAAAACGCCUCUAGACAAGGCGAGAGAAAGAAAUGAUGAGGGACAUAGAGAAGUGAUUCAGAUACUGCAGUCUCCUGGUGAAUGGAUGGUUCCGCUACAGCGAGAAAGUACUCCGGUAUCAAUGGAGGAGAAAGAGAAGAAAGAGGAGACCCCGAUGGAGGUGGAUGAUCCUGCAGAGCCCAAAGGUGACCCAGAGGUCGCACCCCAAUAUGUACAAAGGUUACUUCCAGUAUUCACCAAUGUGUUCCAGAGCUCAAUGAUACAAUCUAUACGAAAGUCAAGUUUAUCCCUGUUGAAGAAGAUGAUACAUUAUAUUGAGGGUGCUCUGUUAGAGGACUUGUGUAAUCGGAGUGGGUCCACCGGGGUCAGCUUUGCUACUUCUCUUACAGAAGUUUUAGCAAACGUACUGGAUCAUGAGGAUGAUGAUGAUGGUCACCUUACUGCACUGCAAAUCAUCCAGGAAGUCAUGAGGAAAGGUGGUGAACUCUUCCUUGACAACUUUGCUAGGCUAGGAUUGUAUGGCAAGGUUCUCUCCCUUGCUGGGCCACCAGAGGAUGAGGGCGCUGUAGGAAAUAAUGAAAAGGAUGAGGAUGGUAUUGUACAGGAAGAUGCUACAGAUAUUGUCCAGGGUAAGCCUUAUCAUUGGAAGGACUGGUGUAUGGUGCGGGGGCGAGACUGUCUAUAUCUGUGGAGUGAUGCUGCCGCACUAGAGCUCUCUAACGGCAGUAAUGGAUGGUUUAGGUUUAUUCUGGACAGCAAACUAGCUACAAUGUACUCUAGUGGAAGCCCAGAGGGUGGCUCAGACAGUUCAGAGAAUAGAGGGGAGUUUCUGGAAAAAUUACAGCGUGCUAAGAGUCAGAUAAAACUCGGUACACCUAGUCAACCAAUUAUGACCCAUGUGUCAGUUAAUAGAAUCCUGGUAGGGAACUGGGCAAUAACAUGUAAGAAGGAAGGAGAGUUACAUAUACAGAACUCAGAUGGACAGCAUCAAGCUACCAUUCUUAAGGAGGAUUUGGCAGGAUUUGUAUUUGAAUCUAAUCGUGGUACAAAACAUUCAUUCACUGCGGAGACAUCACUUGGUCCAGAGUUCUCAGCUGGCUGGGGUGGUAAGAAGAGUAGAAAGUUCAGGUCAAAAGUUGAUGCCCUUAGAUCAAAGGUGAAGAGCCAAGCCAGGGAAAUCUAUGACGAGUAUUUUAAGACGGCUGAAUCAAUGCCACGUAGUAUUGUAUAUAAGAUGAAGAUGAUCGUUCAACAGUUGGAAGCUUCUUGUGCAAAACAAAUAACUCAAGUCAAGGGUGCUGAUGGUCAGUUAAACUGGCAGGAAGAAAUGAGAAAUGCCCUCGAGGAACUUGUUGACCUGUUGAAAGAAGAACACACUAUUUCUGCUUUUGAACUGUAUUCUAGUGGACUAGUACAAACACUGCUCAACAUACUGAGUAAUAAUAUAGAAGAACCUAACACAAAAGGCAGCCAGAAAAGAACAAAGGAGAGGAUCAAUAUAUUUCGACUUGUGUUCAGAGAUAGAGAUGGUGGUAUGGCAGUGUCACUGGUUAGAAAACUGAUAGCAGUGUUUGAAUCUAUAGAGAAAUUACCAGUAUAUAGCUACGACCUUAAUGGCUCUGGAUAUGGUCUACAGAUAUUUGCAAGGAAGAUAAGAUUCCAGUUAGAGCGUGCACCAGGGGAAACAAGUCUCAUAGACAGGUCUGGUCGUAACCUGAAAAUGGAACCUUUAACUACUGUUGGUGCUUUGGAAAAAUAUCUCCUCAAAAUGGUUGCGAAACAAUGGCAUGAUUAUGACAGGAGUACUUUUAACUUUGUGAAGAGGUUGAAAGAAGGACAGACAGUAACGUUUGCACAUCAACAAGAUUUUGACCAGAAUGGUUUGCUAUAUUGGAUAGGAACAAAUGGGAAGACUGUGCAAGAAUGGAUAAAUCCAGCUCAGUAUAACUUGGUUGUGGUUACAUCAUCGGAAGGCAGAAAUUUGCCUUACGGUAAACUGGAGGAUAUCCUCAGUAGAGAAAGUGCUGCUCUUAACUGCCAUACCAAUGAUGAUAAGAAAGCAUGGUUUGCUAUAGAUCUAGGUGUAUGGAUUCUACCAUCAACAUACACUCUCAGACAUGCAAGAGGAUAUGGAAGGUCAGCACUAAGGAACUGGCAACUCCAAGUUUCCAAGGAUGGUCAGACGUGGACAACACUUUUUGAUCAUAAGAAUGAUACUUCACUUAAUGAUCCAGGGUCCACAGGUUCUUGGCCACUCGUCCCUCCAAAAGAAGAGGCUCAGGGCUGGCGCCACAUCAGACUUCAACAGAAUGGCAAGAAUGCAAGUGGACAGACACACUACCUGUCCCUGUCAGGGUUUGAGAUAUAUGGCACAGUGACAGGUGUUUGUGAUGAUUUAGGUAAGGCAGCAAAGGAAGCGGAAGCUGUGUUAAGGAGACAGAGGAGAUAUAUCAGAACACAUGUUUUAAAACAGAUGUCACCUGGUGCCCGGGUCAUACGAGGCAUGGACUGGAAAUGGAGAGAUCAGGAUGGGAACCCACCAGGGGAGGGAACUGUCUCAGGAGAACUUCAUAAUGGUUGGAUAGAUGUAACCUGGGAUUCAGGAGGUUCAAACUCGUACCGUAUGGGUGCUGAAGGCAAGUAUGAUCUUCAGCUGGCUGCGUCACAUGACCCAGAAAGGUUGAAGCCCCUUCCUAAAGUAGAGCAAGGAGCAGUUGGUGGUGUCAAGGUCAAAGUUACCUCAGCUGUUGGAGAUAAAACAAAGAUGAGUGUACUGACAAGCAGAAAAAGCAGUUCUACUCCAAGCCUGAAUGAAGUAAAUGAUAAUAAACCGUCUGUAGCAGCCACAGAACAAGCUGCCUCAGCUGAUAAUCUUACACAAACUGUCAAAUCUGUGGCUGAGAAUUUGGCUGAAAGCAUGAUGAACUUGGCAACCUCAGAUGCUGGAGUGAAGGUCACAUUACAGACAGUAGAUGAUGAACUUGACCUUGACAACAACAGCUUACAAGAGGAGCCAUCCCAGCCUGCAGAGCCCACAGUCCUUGUUCAUGCCCAGGGUGAUGGUGCCAAAGUGAGACAAGCUGAACCACCCCAGGAACAGGAGCUGGCUGGAGUUGAAGUCAAAAAUGAAGGUGCUACAGCAGAAGCCAAAGCAGAGGUAAAAGUUGUUGAGAGGACCAAUCAAGUAAAUGCGAGUAAAACUGACGCUCAAACUCGUACCUCUCCUACUAACCCAAUGUCUGUGAGUGUACCAAACCUGCCAGCCAGUAUGGAGCAGUCUAUGAGUCUCUUGGAAACAUUUGCUGCAGUAGCAAGAAGAAAUGCAGGAAACAACAUGUUGAGGAGUAACAAUGCGAUCAGUCUGGCAAGAUUGUUACCACCUAACUCACCCAGUGAUUGGACAGGUUUGUGCAAUACCCUGUUGUCAGCUGCCCAGAGUUUUCCAAAUUUGACAACAUCUCUGACCAAUACAUCAAAUACCCUGACAACAACACAGACUAUGGCUAAUGUUACGUCCUUAAGUCAGGCAUUAACGAGAAGUUUAACAUCAACAUCGAGUGAGAGUGACAAUGAAUUCCUUGAAACAUGCCGUCCAACAUCUCUGCUGACAGAUCUGGAAGAUGAUGAUGAAUUACCAGAGCCAGAUGAUGACGAUGAUGAAAAUGAUGAUGAGAAUGAAGAUGAUGACAUGUAUGAUGAUGUUCUUACUGUGGAUGAUGAGGUAGAUUUAAGUAGAGAAAGGAAGAAGACAUGGGAUGAUGAGUUUGUACUGAAGAGACAGUUCUCUGCUCUCAUACCCGCAUUUGAUCCCCGGCCAGGACGUACAAAUGUGAACCAGACACAGGAUGUCGAAAUCCCACCUCCAGGAACUGGUGAGGAAGCUGUGAAACAGGAGAAGGAACAAUCAGAACAGCCAAGGAUCGUCCUCUAUCUGAAAACACCCAUGUCACUUCCAGGGGUUGUUGAUGAAGAUCUGCCUCUAGUGGACGACCAUGCAUGUAUAUUUAGAUUUAUCCAACAAUUACUGGUAACUGGUUCCACAGCAAAUAGAAAUGAGAGGCUGAAACGAAUUUGGGAACCAACUUACACUAUAAUGUACAGAGAGUUGAAGGACGGGGAAACCAAAUCGGAGUUGAAUAUGAAGGAAUCUACUGGUACAAUACAGAUACUGAAUGAAUGGGAAACACCGAGAAGCAACGAUCCUAUGGCCUGUACAGUAGAUCAUGUACUCAAGCUUCUGCAGAGAUUGUAUGCCCUGUCCAUGGAACAGGGUGUAGGCAACAACAAAUAUGACAAUAUGGACAUGUCUCUCAACAUGAGUGUAGAGGAAUUUGUCAGUAAGAAGGCGACAAAUAAAUUAGUUCAACAAACUAAGGAUCCACUUGUCCUGGCCAGUAAUGCCCUGCCUAGCUGGUGUGAGAGUAUGACAAAGUGGUGUCCAAUGUUGUUUACAUUUGAAACAAGACAGCUCUACUUUACAUGUACAGCUUUUGGAACUUCCAGGGCAAUAGUCUGGCUACAGGGUAAGAGAGAUCAGCAUCUAGAGAGACAUCGAGGUCCUGUACCCCGCAGAGAUGAUGGUGGCGAGUAUAGAGUUGGCCGUCUUAAACAUGAGAGAGUCAAAAUUCCAAGAGGAGAACGCUUAUUAGAGUGGGCAAUACAGAUGUUGAAGUUCCAUGCCCAGAGGAAGUCUGUACUGGAGAUAGAGUUUAAUGGUGAGGAGGGUACGGGGCUCGGCCCUACUCUCGAGUUCUAUGCCCUGGUAGCAGCAGAACUACAGAAGACAAACAUUGGCAUGUGGCUGUAUGAUGAUGACUUCCAUGAGGACAUUGAGAGAGAUGUUGAUAUUGGUGAAGGUGUAAAGCCGAGAGGAUUUUACAUUCAGAGAUCAGGGGGACUCUUUCCAGCCCCUUGGCCCCAAGACUGUGCAGAUCUGGACAGAAUAGAAAAUUUGUUUCACUUCCUUGGUAUACUGUUAGCAAAAUGUAUACAAGAUAGUCGCCUUAUAGACCUUCCUUUAUCUGUACCAUUCCUGAAGUUAAUGUGUAUGGGUGAAGUAGGACAUAAUAUUACACAGCAGUACACUCAGUCUCUUGCUAAGACAACCAGUAAUAUGACAGAAUCAGUUACAAGUGAAGGAAGUGAAAUAUUCACUGGAGAUGACAUUGAUAAGGAAUUAAUUCUGGAUCCCCCGAAGCCUCGCCAGCCAAUGGUGCCGCCAUGGUACGAGGGAAUACUAUCGGAAGAUGACAUGGAUAUUAUAGAUCCACACAGGUCUGGUUUCCUGAAGCAGCUGAGGGAGCUGGCAGCAAAGAAACAGAGGAUAAUGAAAGAUAAGACAAUGUCUGAAGAUAAGAAGAACAUAUGUCUACAGGAACUGGCCCUACCAGAUCCCAGGAUCCCGUCUGCUGGAGUCUUCCUUGAAGAUUUAGGACUGACAUUCCAGUUCAAUCCUUCCUCCAAGAAGUAUGGCUUUACAGCAAUAGACCUUAAACCUGAUGGGGAAGAUGAGGAGGUGACAUUACAGAAUGUUGAAGAAUACACUGAUCUUGUAUACGACCUCUGUCUCAACUCUGGUAUCCGUAGACAGAUGGAUGCGUUUAGAGUUGGCUUUAACAAAGUGUUCCCAAUGGAGAAGUUACACUCCUUCUCCCCAACAGAGCUGGGUACUAUACUAUGUGGAGAACAAGCUCCUAGCUGGACAAAGGAGGAUAUACUGAAUUACACAGAGCCAAAACUUGGAUAUACCAAGGAAAGUGCGGUGUUCCAGCGGCUAGUAAAUGUUUUAGUAGAGCUUAGUCCAGAUGAACGCAAAUCCUUCCUGCAGUUUACAACAGGAUGUUCCUCCUUGCCACCAGGGGGCCUUUCGAAUCUUCAUCCACGUCUAACAGUAGUGAGGAAAGUUGACGGGGAUGACAAGAGUUUCCCGUCAGUGAACACAUGCGUACAUUAUCUCAAACUGCCAGAAUAUUCAUCAGAAGAAAUUCUUCGAGAAAGAUUACUAGCAGCAACUAAGGAAAAGGGUUUCCAUUUGAAUUGAUGUAGAAGAGUUGGAUAAACAUAAGUUUACAUCUUGUGUCUUUCUGAGGUAGAACGAAAUUACCAUAAAUAAAAAUUUUGGAAACUGAAGAAAAAGUUGGACAGAAUUAGUUUAUGUAAAGGAAAGUGCUCGUUACAUUAAAAUGUGAUUUUGAUCAGUCAGCCUUGUGGUACUGAGAAUUAUUUUGAUAUAAAUACUGUAGUAUUUGUUUUGUGUUAUGAACUAGGCUCCAUAUAUAAGUGGAAAUAUGCCAGAUGUUUGCUAACCUGAAAUAUUUCAUGUGCAAUAUAUAGUAUUCUAGGUAUUUGAUCACAUUAGUGUUUUUUAAAAGUAUUUAAAUUUUUUGAUAGCUAAAAACUCAUUUUCAUGCAUGUUUUUCACUUUAUAAAAGAAAUCACAUGAUAUUUAAUAUGCACAUAUCAGCUGAGACAAACUUACAUUGUCAUGAAUAUUAUUUACAAAUAAAAUAACAUCGAUUGUAAUUAAAUUCCAAACAUUUGAGGAAAAAAGUAAUCUUUUAUCACUUGGUAAUUUGAUUAUUGUAGCUUGGUUACAUGGAAGAAAAUUAAAAAAAAAUAGUUUGAACUAGUUGUAUAACUAACUUGUGUCAUACUAUUAUACUAGCAGUUGGCUUGCCCGUUUUGUUUUUGUAAUCCAAUCGCAUCAUUCAUUUUUUACAGACUAUAAGUUGUCGUAUUCACCAUUACACUUUUUUUUCUUAAUUCUUUUAUAUGAUAUGCUGAAGUACACUUUUUGCAGCUUUUUAUUCCGUCAUUAUCCUCAGUACAGUUUAAUUUCACUUUACGACACCAGUUUCUUAUAUUGUUGUUAUUUGUACAAGCAGUAUAUUGAAGUUCAUCUAAAACGGUUCUGAACCACAGACAAGAUCACAAUCAGAAACACUGUAUACUACUGAUAUAUAAGGUCAGUCACAUGUUUCUAAUUGUUAAAAAAGGUGACCUGUAUUAAGCAGUUCUAUAGAUGCUAAAUGCAUUUUGCUGAAAUCUUGUUGUGAUUUACAAGCUUUAUAUGGUGUAGUUUGGUGUUUAACAGUACUUAAAUCAGGAUCAAAUUGAUCCCAUUGUUUAAUAUAGGUGUAGAUGGUUGUUUUGACUUUAUCCAGGUUUUCUGUGGAUAUUUGUGGUACCUCAGUUCUCUUGUGUAUAUUUUGUAAAAGUUUGUACAAGUAUGUAGUCUACUUUGAGAAUUAUGUAUACACUGAACUCGACACACACUUUUCCAUGCACUUGUGUUUUCAGUACUUUAAGAAAUUACAUUUCAAGGGCUAAACAGAAAACUUACUGAAUAUAAAGACGUUAUGACAGUUUUCAGUCAGACUUUUGUUGUUUGUUGUUUUUUUUUUUUAUGAAAAAAGUUGCAUAUCAGCAGCCAGUAGUUGAAUUGUUAAGUGAACAUAAAGCCAUCUUAAUAUGUGAUAUUUCUUUUUGUGCUGAUGGAACUUUGAAUUUGCAAUUACUGGGAAAAAAAUAAUAAAUCUUUGAAUAUAUGAAGAUUAGGAGGGAGUUGUAGGUUAGUUCACUAGUUGCUGUACCUUUAGUGCAGUUUAUGGACUUGGAUAAUACAGCGUUUUAGAAGUUUUGAGGUAUUGAAAACAGAAGUGCUUAGUGAAUAAAUGAGAAAUAUGUUGUAUAUAUAUCAAAAAUAUUUCAUGCUUGUGCUUUCACAUGUGAUAAUUGAUAAAACAAUUCAACUGAA